UGUGAGCUGCUCCUGCCCGCGCCUCCGGCGGUCCGGGAUUGGCAAGCUGCCCCCUCGGUGCCCGAUGCGCCCAGACUCCGCAGCCCGCACACCUGGCUUCCCGGGCCGCAGGAAGGACAACGUCUGUCACCUGCUGGGCAGCAGGACGCGGGGACUUGUCGCGGGAGAUGCCGGGGUCAUCCAGAGGAAAAACCUGGGCAUCCUGAGGAAGUUGAUGUGCCAGGAAAGUACUAAAUUCAAGAAUGUUUGGACAACACAUUCCAAAUCUCCUAUUGCCUACGAGAGAGGAAGAAUUUAUUUUGACAAUUAUCGGUCCUGUGUCUGCAGUGUUGCUUCAGAGCCAAGAAAGCUUUAUGAAAUGCCAAAGUGUUCCAAAUCAGAAAAAAUAGAGGAUGCUUUAUUGUGGGAAUGUUCAGUGGGGGACAUGCCGCUUAAUCCAUCCGACUAUAAAUCUUCCCUUAUCGCACUGACAGCACAAAAUUGGCUUCUUCGUAUAUCUGUAACUACUGGAGAAAUACUUGAAAAAGUAUAUCUUGCUUCCUACUGCAAAUUCAGGUAUUUGAGUUGGGAUACCCCUCAAGAAGUCAUUGUUGUAAAGUCAGCUCAGAACAAAGUUACGGCAGUAGCCAGACAGGCAGGCAUUCAGCAAUCUGUACUCUUGUACCUUGGUGUGUUCAGUGUCCUCCCUCUUUCACUUAUAGGAGUGCUGGAGAUUAAUAAAAAAGUCUUUGGCAACAGUGUGACAGAUGCCACAAUUUCUCAUGGAAUGCUGAUUGUGAUGCAUAGUUCAGGUCUGGUCAGACUUUACAGCUUCCAGACCAUCACUGAACAGUUCAUGAAGCAGAAACUUGAUUUAGGGUGUACAUGCAGUUGGGGUGGGGCCAUUGGAACUGUGGGAGAAGCUCCUUUUGGCAUUCCUUGUAAUAUUGAAAUAACAGACACUCCAUCACUGCUCUUUGAAGUGUCUUCCCUGGAGAACGCAUUUCAGAUUGGAGGAUACCCUUGGCACUACAUCAUCACUCCAAACAAGAAAAAACAAAAAGGAGUUUUCCAUAUUUGUUCCUUAAAAGAUCAUUCUUUGGCGAAAAAUGGAAUCCAAGAAAUGGAAUGUUGUUCCUUGGAAUCCGAUUGGAUAUAUUUCCAUCCCGAUGCCUCAGGAAGGAUAAUUCAUGUAGGCCCAAAUCAGGUCAAAGUUUUGAAGCUUAAGGAAAUAGAAAAUAACAGUUCCCAACAUCAGAUCACUGAAGAUUUUGUCAUUAAGGCCAACAGAGAGAAUAAAACAGGCAGUUCAGUAACUGUCACAGCUUCUGGACGGGUGGUGAAGAAACGUAUAAACCUGUUGGAUGAUGAUCCAGAAGAAGAGACUUUCAAAAUUGUGGAUUACGAAGAUGAGUUGGAUUUGCUGUCCAUCGUGGCAGUAACUCAACUAGAUGUGGAGGGAAAAGCUCACCUUGACUUCCACUGUAAUGAACGUGGCAAUUUACUUAAGAGCAUUCCACUAGUGGAGUCGUGGGAUGUGACAUACAGCCAUGAAGUUUACUUUGACCGAGACUUAGUUUUGCACAUAGAACAGAAGCCCAACAGGGGUUUCAGUUGCUAUGUAUACCAGAUGGUCUGCAGUGCUGUGGAGGAGGAUGAAAGCACAAGCAAGAAAUGUUGAAAAGUAGAGAAAACGAACUUAGAGAUCUACCACCUCCUGUGUAAGAGCUUCUAUCCAAGCAGUCAGUCCAGCCUAAAUCCUAAUACGUGGAAUACGGAUCCAGCAGGCCCUCCAAAUCCAGGGUCUGAUUCUUGGAGUAGCCUCUUAUAAAGCUUUGCAAAGACACCCGCGCUCACAAACGUGGGCACAGUACUCAACGAAGAACUUGCCUAGGAAAUGUGAACUGAUCUAACCGGCAGAUGCAUAUGGCUAGCGAUUCUGCCUUCCAAUGUCCUCUGGGGGACAUUUUAAUAUUCACUGUGAACUAGAACUAGAUGUAACUGGAAUCUUCCCCUGGCCUCUCUACAGACUGCCAGCACGUGAGCUAUUUAGCCUUCCGUUCAGGUGAAAAAAGGGGUGGAUGGAGGCUUCUCUUCUCUCUGCUUAGUAGAUAUGGUCUCUGGCCUCAGAGGGGAGAAUCAAGCUCUGUGAGGGAAUACACAAAUUUUUAAACUAAAAACGUUAUCAGAGAUUUUACUUUUAUUGUGAAUUAAUAAACACUGUAUAUUCAUUAA